CGGGGUGUGCCUGUCAACAAACUGCCAUCUUAACGCGAGCUGGUUCACCAUCUGAACAAGGCUGAAGCUCCUCCUCUUCUGUCUCAUAUCCUAAAUCUAAUCUCGCUCCUUGUCACAUUCCUCGUCAUGGCGGAUGUUCAGGCAAAAAAGCCCGCCGUUCUGAUCGUUGGUGGUCUUGGGUUCGUUGGUCGCCAUCUUGCCCUGUACAUCCACGAAAACAACCUGGCCUCGGAAGUACGACUAGUCGACAAAGUCCUCCCUCAGCUUGCCUGGUUGGCCCCUGAGUUUCAAGAAGCUUGCUCGAAAGACAAAUUUGUUCAAGCUGAUGCUAGUCGAGAACAGCACUUCCCCCGGAUCUUUGACCGUGCCAAUGGCGAGCAGUUCGAUUAUGUGAUAAACUGUGGUGGAGAAACCCGACACUCUCAGCCCGAUGAUGUCUACGAGGUCCGCAGCUAUGCCCUCACCGUUGCCCUCGGUCGCGAAGUCGCCCGUCGAGACAUCCGCUCUUUCGUCGAGUGCUCGACUGCACACGUUUACAAAGGUGGCUCGAGUCCGCGCAAGGAGGACGACAAGUUGCAGCCCUGGCACAAGCUCGCCAAGUGGAAGAUGAAGGCCAGUGAGGAGCUGCAGAAAAUCCCCAACCUUCACUACUGCUUGCUUCGGUUGCCGCACGUUUACGGCGAGUAUGAUUCCGGUUAUUUUGCGAUGGGUAUCUGCCUUGCGCGAGUUCACUUGGAAUUGCAGAAGAACUUGGAACUUCUGUAUACGAAGGACCUGAAGAUCAACACAAUAUACAUCAAAGAUGCAGCAGGCGCGCUCUGGAAAGCAGCAGAAUGGAGGGCAAGCGCUCCGACGGAUGGCUCGGCCCCCAUUGCUUUCAACGUGGUCGACCAUGGUGACACUCGCCAAGAGCACAUAGCAGAUGCUCUAUCGGAGGUGUUCGGCAUGAAGGUCGAGUUCCUCGGUUCUUUGGCAUCUCAAUUUGCCAAGAUGAACCUGGACGAUGUUGUGGAUGAUAUGAACGAGGAGUGCCUACAGGGCUGGGCCGACCUGCUUGAAGAGAAGAAAAUCGAAAGACCAGGACCGAUCAGCCCGUUCCUGGAGCGGGAUGUUCUCAGGGACCAGGACAUGUCCAUCGAUGGCACAUUGUUUGAGAAGACCACAGGAUGGAAGCCUACUCGUGAGCGCUUCGAUGCUGAUGCUGUUCGGGCCAUGGUUGAAAGCUACAAACGAAUGGGCUGGUGGCCUUGAAUGGGUCGACGUGAAUCUCCUUACUGACCACCACUUUUUAAAAAUGAUACGCGCAAGUGUCAUCGCGAUCGAUUCGGACGAACCUAUUGCGUGUGCUCUGAUACCCCGACCGUGAAUCACUCGGCCUUGCACCAGGUCAGAUCGACUCG